AUCAAAACUGAUUUUUGCCAAUAAAUUGCAAUACGACGAGUUUGAAAGCUUUAAAAUCUAACUCCUCAAAUAGUAAAAAUUAAACAAAAAAGAUUGUCAGUUACAAAACUCACACAAAACUUCCAUCCUCCUCUUUCUCUCUCCUCUGCAAAUUCCAUUGAAGAGGGGAAUUCUAGGGUUUAUGCGUCACCUACAGUGAAAUCAAUUCUACUUUAAUUAAUCGAGUUAGGGAGAAAAUUGACGCAAUUCCACUUAACAUCGUCGCAAAAAAUUGACGAAUUUUCCCCCAAUUUCAGUUUCUUCUAGGGUUUUUUCAUGUACAUUGGAGCUUUAAUGUCGUAUGAAUGGAGAUUAUUCUAUCAUCCUUCUUUCCAUCGUACUCCUUCAUUGUAGCCUUCGCCGCAACCGUACUUUGCUUUAUUUUCGCUGUCUUCGCCGUUCGAUUUUCUUCCCCCGCCGUGUUUUCGUCGUUGAAAGGUGGUGGUAAAGUACCGAAUUUCAAGAAGGAAAGAGAAUCAGAAGAUACUAGUGGUAUUAGUAGUGGUAGUUUUAAUAGUAGUUGUUCCUGCAACGGCAGCGUUUUGAGCGCGGAUUGUACGCCGGUGACGGAGAACGGUGGUGAAAUGCCGGCGUUAGUUUCGGCGGCGGAGAAGCAGACAGGCGCUUCGAUGAUGGAGAUGUUGGUGCCGGAGAUUACUACUCAUGCGCUCAGUUAUUUGGAUUAUCCUAGCCUUUGCCGUCUCUCGAUGACCAAUUCAUUGAUGCGAAAGGCCGCUAAUGAUGAUAAUGCCUGGAAAGCUCUUUACCAUAAGGAUUUUACUGUGGAACAAGAUAGUGUCAGACCAGCUGAUGGUUGGAAGGCUUACUAUGCAGCUACAAGAGCAAUUGUGAAUAUUAAUGCAGAAUUUUUUAGCAUUCUCAGGGAAAGAUCACUUCCAGCAAUGAGUCGUUUCUGGCGUAAUGCAGACUAUGUGAAGUGCAUUCAUGCUUCAGGGGAGCUUUUUACUGGAUAUAAUGCAGUAAUGGAGAGUUGGCAAAUAGCAUUUAACUGGGAGCAACUAGCAGAUGGUUUUCAAGUUCGUGACGUGCGAGCUAGGGUCCUGACUGGUAUGGCUUGGCUUACCAUGAAAGUCUAUGCUGAGAUGAACGCGGGGCCAUAUAACGUGACCAAUGUGUUUGAGCAUCACGAUGGGAGGUGGUACAUGGUCCAUCAUCACCACUCUGAGAUGCUGGUUGAUGAAGAUGUUGAUCAACAGAUUGGGCAUGCAUAACCCAAAGUAGAGAGAGAGGUGCUAAUAACUAUGAACAUAGUAGUCAAUGGGGGAUAAAAGAUUAAAAAAAAAAUUAGUACAGAAUUAUUUGUCCUUCAGUGAGAAAUCAGUUGGGAAUAGAAAUUGUGGUUAAACAUUUUGAAUUGAUCCAAUGUAUUUCUUAUUAUUAUUA